AUGCCUGAUUCAUUUCCGAUGCUGUUGGAUCAUCUUGGUUCGUCAAUUCUGGACCUGUUUUUCGUCUCGGAGAAUGGCAAAGUGAGCUGGGUUGAGUUCGUUAGGGGCUACAAUAAGUGUUGUGCAAGAAUGUCUGCGUCUGUGUCGCUUAAUAUAUUGCUCAGAGUGUUUGUUGUGGCACUUCAAAAAGCGGGUUCGCCUUCGAACUUGGAUUUUGAAUCUGAUGGUGUUGACUGUAGGAUAACCGGGUCGCUUAAGCCCGUGGACGUGCUUAUGCUUCUUUGGAUGUGUUGGGCCAUUUCCUGGAAUUCUAGGACUUCGAAAAUUUCCAAAGAGAAAACAGAUUUACCUCUGCCGGAUAUUAAUCAGAUUGUUUCGUCGGCUAUUGUUUCAUGCGCUGAAGUUGGCAGUGGCUUGAAUGUGUGGGAUUGCCAGCUCUCGGGUUUGGAAGUUGAACUUCCUGUGGGGAAGUUUCUUUCUUGGGUUUUGAGAACAGUGCCUAGUCUCCCAGAUUGCUUUUCACAGUUUGUGUAUGCAAUUCUCAAAAACUGUGUUUCUCACAAGGAUGGACAAGAAUGCUCGACUUCAUCAGUGGUAGAGAAUUCUUCAACCAUGCCAUACAGUUCUCAUCUUUUGUCCAGUGGAAUGGCAUGGGCGAUUUUCCUUACAUUGAGAGGCACAAUAAGUUAA